AGAAGUCACUAUAAAUUAGAACUGAGUCAUCGAAUCUCGGUUGUUCUGAAGAACAAGAAACCGCUCUGAUUCUCUGUGAAUUUGCAAUUCUGUGAGUCUGUGUCUCUUCCGUUUUGGGUUUUUUAGCUUGAACAAUGGAAAAGGAAACCAAUGUAGCAACUGAAGAUCUGAAAAUUGAUUUGUUCGAAGACGAUGACGAGUUCGAAGAAUUUGAGAUCAAUGAAGAGUGGGAUGACAAGGAAGAAGGAAAAGAUACAAGUCAGCAAUGGGAAGAUGAUUGGGAUGAUGAUGAUGUAAAUGAUGACUUUUCCCACCAGCUGAGAAGAGAAUUGGAGAACAACACUGAGAAGAGCUAAGCUCUGCUUCCUUGUUUACUGUAGUAGACAAGCUGCGGAUUGUAUUAGUUCCUUAAUAUUUGGUGGUGGAAUAUCAGAUUACUUUUAUAUAGAAUCACAAUAUGUUGAAAUGAGAAUUUACUCCUUGAAGUUUUAGCAUCCUUUGCUUUUGAUUUAAAGGAGUUAUA